GACAGCUUAAACAGCUACAUUUAUGCUAUAAAUAAACAAACCAGCAGCCAGGGCAACCAGCAUUAAAGAGUCCGGGAAUUGAAAAUCGUAAAUUUAUUAUCGUAAUAUUUUAUGUGAAAUUAAAAUCUGAAGAUGCCAUACAUUUGUUUCGAAAUUUAAGGAACUGCAUGUGGUAAGGCUGUAAUUGUUUGACAUAAGCAAUGGAGGUUAUUGAUGUACAAAUGCCAAUUGGAAUGGGUGUUGACAUGGAUGUGAUAGAAAAAAUGCAGAAAUCAAAAAUUGCUCGUGCUCAAGAUAAAACAAGAGAAGAACUUCAACUAAUCAAUGAGAGAGUAAAACAUAUUUUUGAAGAUUAUGAAUUUGGCGAAACAAUGGCCUCUUAUAAUACUCCAGCCUCAAAUAUUGAAUUCAUGGCUGAUAUGGCUGAGUUACAAUCAAUUCUGGGUGAUGCAAUUCAGAAGAAUAAAUAUCAACAGAAAAUCACCAUAUUCAUUGUUGGAUUUCAAGAUGUUUGUGUGAAAAGAGUUCAACUAUUAAACCAAAUAUCGGAGUUUUUCCAAACAUAUGGAGCUCCAGAUGAAGUUGAAGAAACAAUGCAAGAUAGUUUAGAAGGUCUUGAUGUUGAUGCUAUCCAUUCCAAUAUUCAGACUGCUCUUGAUACCAUGGACAGUGCUGUUGUGAGAUUGAAUGACUUGAAUCAUGAUAUCAUGGGAUUCAUGAAUACAAUGCAUUCUGCCUUAUCCAGCAAAUCAAAUAAAAACCGCAAAAAGUUGGAGAAAAAUCUUGCACUUGCUAAAGAAGAUAUUGCUAAGAUGACUGAUAAACUACAAGUUGCACAGCAAGAAUUGAAAGCCAAAGAAGAACAGCUUAAAAAGGUGGCAAAACAAGUUGACACAAAAACAAAAGAACUUUUCAAUUACAAGACUCAACUUGAAAAAUCAGGGAAAAAUCUCGAAGAGGUGAAAAGAGAAUUGAACAAUGUACGCUUCAGCCAUGAAGAUGAAAUCAAAAGAGCUCAUUCCGUGGUUGAAAAACUGCAGACCGAGUUACAAGAACUUAAAAAUGAAAAAAUGAUGUCGUAUGCUACCAAGAUCAAUGACAUCAUAGAAGCAUCACUGACUGAACUCUCAAAAAUGAAAGAACAAUAUUCAUCUAACGAAGAACAGCAGAAGGAAUUUCGAAAAGAAAUUGCCUUGCAAUACAGAGUUCAAGCUAAACAAAUUGAAUACAUACAGUCAGAAGAAUUCCAACAUAUUCAAUAUGAAUACAGAAAAAGUUUGUCGAAACUGCUAGAAAUUCAAGUGAGUGAAGAAGAUAUUCAACAAUGGGGGAAGGAGAAUGAAGAUAAUCAAGUAAUUGAUCAACAACAUAUUGACGAGGUAGAACCUGAGAAACAAGAUUCUCGCAAUGAAUCAGCCAUCGAUGAAGAUAUGAUGACUCCUGCAACUCCAUUGAUUUCUGAGAAAGAUUCAUCACCUGACUCACCACAAAUACAGGAAGAUCAACAACCACUUGAUCUUACUGAUGAAGAAUAUUGGGACAGUCUUCAGGAUAAUCAGUUAAGCGCGAAGUUUGCUCAGUUCCGCGAAGAAGCAAACAAACAAAUAAAUGAAUUGAGAUCGUUAGAUAUUCAGUCAUCUAACAACGAAGAACUGAUUCAGAAACAAAGGGAGGAAAGGAAGAAAUGGAAAAAUGAAAAAGCAACUUUACUCGAUCAUAUACAACAAUUACAGAAAUUGCAGGAAGAGGCAGAAGCAGAUGCUGAUGAAGCAAUGAGACAACUGGAAGAUUUUGCAAGUCAAGAGCGAGGUGAAGAGGAAGCACCAGAUAUAAGACGAGUUAGCAGUGUUGAAGAUGUUCAUGAAGAAGGUGUCAAGAACCGAGAGCAAGCAACCAGUCCUGAAAUACCAAAACCGCUUUCAUCUGUGAGUAUAAAGUCAGUAGUAAGCAUGGUUGGAGAGAAAAGAGCUGCAAUGAUGAAAAGAAAGGAAAGUGCAACAAGAUUGUUGACUUCGUCAUCUUCGGGAAAGAAUUUGCGAACACCUAAUAUACAGGUUUCAACUGAUCCAGAAGCUUUUGAAAACUUUGCAAAAUCUUACAAAGCUAUUUUCCAAUUCAAACAACAUAUUAUAGAAACGAUAUCAAGAUUACCAGGAAAUACAAAUUUAUCAAAAAAUUUGGAUUCUGGUGUUGGUGUUGUGAUUCCAGAUGAAAAUGAGACUGAUGAAAUGGCAGAUUCGGUUGAGAAGACAUUGCAAGCUAUUGAAUCUGUUUUUCGAAAUGUUGUUGCGGCUGCUUCAGUCAGAGAUCCUAAAUUACAACAAAGAGAACAACAACUCAAACUGCAGCAACAACAACCAAAUUUUGAAAAUGAACAUCAAAGACGCAAAAUAACUGAAUUAGAAAGUGAGAUGGAGAUGAUGAAAAUGGAAUUUGGAAGAAGAAUUGAACAUGAUUCUAAUAUUAUACAACAAUUACGAAAUACUAUAGCAAACUUAAAACAAGACAACAUACCCAGUAAUAUGCAAAUUACAACAAACACUCCAUCUGCGUCUGCACCUGUUGCAUCUGAUCAUAUGUUGACACUAAGUCAAGGUAACCGUGGACAGACUGUUGAUCCUAAUAUGACAAUGAUGUUUACGAGACUUGAUUCUGAACACAAUACCAAAACUUUAACUAAAUCGGCAAAGAAUGGGAAAAUUAAUCAGUCAACAUUAGAUUCUCUUGUUGCAACAAUGGACAGUUACAAUGACGUAGCAGCAUCAAGAUUGAAACAUAUUGUACAGAAGAUGGUUCAUCACACAAAGAUGAAAGAAAUUGAAAUGAAUGUUAGGAAUAGUAACCUUGUCACUUCUGAAGUUUUUGAUGUGCUUGAUAAAAUGGAAGAUCUUCAAAGACUCCGUGCUCAACACUGGAGUCGAACAAUGGAUGAUUUGAGUAUGAGAAGAAAAAGACUUGGAAUGUUAUUACAGGACGCAAUGCAUAGACUUGAGAAAAUAACUGGAGUUUUUCUCAUCAAACCACUCAUAUCUUACAAAGGAAAAACAAGAAUGAGAAAAUAUUCCGGUAAAAUCAGCACGAAGUUCAACAAGUAUCAGAUGGAAGCAAUGGCUGCCAAACAAUUGACUAAUUUAUCUGCUAAACGAAGACAGGAUAGUAAUUAUAUGAAAGUUCAUACAAGUGCACCAACAUACAACUUACACUCUUCACAUAGUGUUAGAAGUGUUCCAUGGACUGCUCAACAAAUAAGUAAAGAAAUGGGGAAAGAUCCACUAACUGUUUCAAGUCUGACAAGAGUGGAACCACCGAGUAUGUGGAACAUGGAAAUGUCACUUCCACAGACUGUACCUCUUACCAAUAAAGAAAAAUGGUCGCCAAACUAUAGUAGUCUUCCAGCAUCUGUACCCAGAAUGAUGGAACUUGAUGUUGGUCGAUAUCUACAUGAAAUUAACAAUAUUCAUACUUAUACUGCACCUGUCAGUCCAUUAAAAUCUCCGCGAAGUUUAACUGGAACAGUCAGAACAUACACAGGAAUAUCACGCACUGGUGGAACUGCUGGGACUGAAUUGAGUAAAUUAAGCAGUGAUAGAUUGGCUGAUCCCCGAACAGCUGAACAUCACACAAAUACAGUUAAAACAGAAAGUUCUGCAGAUGAUUAUCAAUCAACAGCACCUCCUACAACACCUGCUUCUCAGACACAAAUUCGACGUGGAAGUUCUGGUACGGCUUUGAUUACACCAACCAGUGAAGGCCCACCAUUGGCAAGUCCAAACCUGCCAAGACCUUUACCACCAAUAUCUGUACCAAUUCGUAGUCGAGCAUCUACAAGAUCAAGUUUAUCAGGUUCUCCAAUGAAGGAAUACUUUACUCCAAGCCCAACGAAAUCUGUGCCUGGUGAAAAUACAUCUCCUGUUAUUAGAAGCAAGAGUGACAACUCGCUCCAAGGUGCUCCAAAUACUCAAGGAGGAACCAGCGACACAUCUCCAAUACAACAAUAUGUUGAAAUCAUCAACUAACUCUCUGGUGCAUAAUUUGUUCAAAAAGCUGGAUUGUAAUAAACGAGCAUUCCACUGUUUUUACAUCUCAGAGGGGAUACAACAGGAUUACAUUUAAUCACACUGAUUCAACAAUAAUUUUACUACCUUUCUAAUAACCAAGUACCAUAAAAUCCAGCUCAACUGAACGUCUUUAAGUUUAAUCUAAUUAUAAACUAUAAGAUUUUUUUGCGUGGAGUGGGUAUCCAUUUCUUGAAUGUAUAAAAAAGCACAAGCAAGCAAUUGUGGUAGCUUAUAAUGGAGUUGUGAACGUAUUCUUAUUUUAACAAUUGUUUAUGAUGCCACAAAUGUAGGAACUGAAUCAUAAUAUACCGUAACAGUAAUUCAGAAUAUUGUUCUAUAUAUAUCCCCAUUCUUGAAAAUAUUAUACAUAUCUUAUUAGAACUAAGUGUGCGAUUGGUCAAAUGGGAUACUUGGUAUAAAAACGAAUUCAGCAAAACAUUACUUUCAUAGCUGAAAAUAUAAAAUUUUAAUAGCAUGCUAAGUUUUUACAAUUGAAAUUUUCUAUAUAUUUAUACCUUAACAGUAUGGUCUCCCUACUGCUAUUGUAGCCGCAGGCCUAUUUUAUUUCACUGUCGAAUAAUAUUAUUUUUCUAUGAUAUUGUUUUAUAUAAAUCUUCUUUGAUGUUUUCAAGAAUUAU